GACGCGUCGCGGUCGGGGCGACGCAAAUUAUCGCUCGACAUGCAUAUGGAGUGCGGACUGCGGAACAACACGGAAAAGUUCAUGUGUUAGUACUAGCUUAUUUAAUAGUGUUUGUGACGCGAGUAAAUUUCGAUAUUUUUUUAUUUUUUGUUUUUCUAUAAUCUAUAGUAUGGUAAUAUUGUUACUUAUUGAUUUUGAAUUAAUACAUAUCUUUUAAAUUGGUACACACUUUUAUUUUACGCUUUUAAAACACUAAUAUUUUUAUAAUCACACUCCUAUUUUCAAAGUCCACGAGGUUCCAAUGGUUAUAAUAUUAUAUUAUAUCGUAGGUAUUAUGUAGUAGGUACUACGUACGAAUAUACGUUACGGAAUUUUACUGAAAAAAAAUCCUAUUUUUAAGUAAUAUGUACUAUGUUAAUAUAGUAAGCCAUCUUUUAUAUUAUAUACGAAUAGCUACAACCGAAAACAAUCAUGUUAGUUAUUGUUUUAUACAGUUAGGUACUUAACACUCAAACAUUUGAAAUAUUAUAAUAUUUACUACGAUGGCUAUACUGAAGUAUACAAUUUUUUAAUUUCUAACAAUGCUAAUUCUAACAAGGACUAAUAUAUGAUGUAUGUAUACAUUUUUUCUUUUUACAGCGAGUCUAAUGACGAAUUUGUUCUUUCUGUACGGGAUUUAUGUUCUUCUUAUUUGUCAGACAGCACUGAGUUCACAGUAAGUAAAUAAUAAUUAUAGUUUUUUCAACCACCGCGGCCACUUUUCAUUAAUUAUUACAGUUCAUUGUAGCUAUAUAGGUACGUAGGAAAAUAAUUAUAUAACAGGUAUAUAAAUAUUAAAUGUUGUAAAUACAAUCAAUACAUAGUUGGCGUGGCUACUUCUUCGUUCGUUUAUAUACAAUACCUAAUAAAAACAUAUUGGCUACCACCGUAAAUAAUAAUAACAUUAUUAUAGGUAUAUAACCUAACCCAACCAGGUACCUAUGUAUUUUAUACUGAUUUAUACUGAUCAGGGUGGAUUAAUGAUUUUUUUCGACAUACGGGAUAUAGUUAAACAUCAAAUCGGCCAACGAACAUGCACAAAUAUAAUACAAUUUUAGGGGUGCCAAAAUUACAUAAAUGAUUUAAUUAUUUAUUACCUUAUAUUAAGAUUAUUAUAAUAUUAUAAAUUAAUUACAAACAAAUCUUAACAAGAAAUAGCUACAACUUGAAAAAAUUUGUGUGAGUAAAUAAUUUUUUCAAUGUCACUUGUCAUAGUCUUUAAUAGAGGUCAAUUAUCCUGGCAUCCACACUUUGGAAUUUAAUUACCAAACUAACUAGUAUUUAAAAUAAAGUAUGUAUCUGAUCACAGUUUUGCGAAUGCCAAAAUAUUUACAACUUCAUUAACCGUAAUCGAUACAUUUCUGUGUAUAUUGAGGAUAACUAAUUCAUUCAAUCUGUUUUCCGAGAUUGCAUUUCUAAGGUAUGUUUUAAAACUUUGAAAUCAUAACAUAUAAAUAAUUAACAAAAAAUUUAAAUCAACAUUUUUUUUAAAAAACAUUUAUAGCGUUCAGGAUGAAGUAUCAUUUGUGUGGCAGCACAGUGUGCCACUACUUUUUUCCUAAGCAUACUUAAAAGUGUAAUAUCUCAUUAACGGGUUGACGGAAAUCAAAAAUGUUAACACCAAAAUUAAUUUAAACUAAUAUUUCGUCUACUAAUGGCAUUUUGAAUAUAGGUUACCACAAUAUCACUUACCAUUUGAAAAUCAAAAGUAGGUAAUCGGCUCACCCUCAAAAACAAGGUUUACGAAAAAUAAAGCUAAUGUAAAAUUGUUUAGCUACUUGUUAUCAAAAAGUUACUUAUCAAGAUAUCACAAUGAUCAUAUCUUCUUGAAAAACCACGUAUAUACAUAUCUAUAUGAUGUUUGUUGACAAAUAUUUAUCACACACGUUUUAAAUAAUCACAAAUAUUAGGUAAUUAAUAAAUGUUUAGAAAUAGUCAACAAUUUUAUUCAAUAAAUGAAUAAAUCUAAUUGUACUUAUAAAUAUAAAACAAAAAAUGAACAAUCAUAAAUAAAAUAUGCAAAUUAAUGUAAUAUUAUUUUAAAUUAACUUACAAACUUAAAAAAAAAAAUAUUAGGUUAUAACUAGAUACAUAAGAUAUCAAAGAAAUAUAUGUCUAUAUAUGUCUACGAAUAGUUUUAAAAUAUAUUUUAAUUAAUAUAAUGCAAUUAACUUGGAGAUUUAAAAAAUAGUAAGUUCUCUUUCACCAUAAUAUAACGCACGUUAUAUGAUACGUUAGGUGACAGGCAUGGGGCGCCUGAUCCAUUUAUAUAUUAUCCAUGCAAAUUUUUCCGAAAAUAAUUGAUAGAUAUCUGUUAUAUUAAGCAUUAAUAUUGUUUUAAACUAACGCUAACUGUCAACAACCGUGAUCCCAACAUAUCUAACUGUAACUUACCUAACUGAAACCCUCAAAAAUAGAUUUUCGAUAUUAUAAUCCAAUGAUUUUAAAUCUUGUCCAAUUCUGAAUAUAAUACAGUACUGAUAUUAACUGUAAAACUGCUAUUCCAUUGUCCUCGGAUUGCACCCGCUGCGCUGUCACCCAUCGACGUGUUAUUUUUUGUUAAAUAAAAGUCAACAAUAAUUUUUAGAUCAAUAUUUUUUCAUCACGAAACAUAAUAUUAUAAAUUUGCAACUUGUAUGUACACGUGUACAUGCGCAUUUACUGUUCCACCUCCGCCUACUUAGAUUAGUUCAGCUUCAUCGUCCCCUACAACACUCGAGUAUCUAAACGCAUUCCAACUCUACGUUUGAGCGUUUACAGGAAUUAUCGGUACUUAAACGCACGACGUCAUAGGCGUUUGGCUAGCCCAACGUACAGGUACCGGCCUCACAUAUCCACUUGCACAUCGAAAUUGUCCAUCGCUGUGGUAGGAAGCAACGACAAUUGCGAAGAUUCUCAACAGCCAUCGACUAGCAGUACUGCACAGCCACGUAAACUUUCAGUACCGUCGCCGUCAGCGUCAUCAUCUCCGCACGACCGGUUAUCCCAUCGUGGACUACACAAACACCUGUUGCUAAUUACCGGGCAGGUGUACCACGAGUAUAUCGGCGAGUGUUCGGUGAUGUCUCAGGCACGCGAUCUGCAAGACCUAGGUUCGAUGUUGCGGCAAACCAUAACUCCUGCAGGUCCUGGUGACUUUGUCCUGAUCCAGGUGGGCACGGGCUGGCGACUCAAUGUUCGGUUAUUGGACUUGCUGGUUGACCGUCUGGGUAACGUGACCAUGUACGUGGAUAAGAAGUUCUACAGCAAAACGAUGGCCAAACACUGUCGAAACAUCGGGACCGGGUGCACUCUGUUGACCAGUCUUGUGCCUGUGCUCGAACAGCUCGAAUCCGGUGCCGUGUCGCAGCCAGAAAACGGCGGUGGGAGUGCGGGUGUCGCUAUGUACGAUCCCGAAUGGAUUCCGGUUCCCGCGCUUCCUCCCCUGCCCCGUAAUUUCAAUGGCUCCACGGAGAAACAAAUCGAAUACCUAACGUGGCGACUGUGCGUCCGAGACAGGCGUCACAACUUGUACUAUAAACUCGAUAAGGACUCGUCGACGUCCGACCUGAGGUUAGCACACAUCUUUCCAAGGCUCUCCGCAAUACCCUAUACAUUGUCCCUAACAUCCAACAUUGCACUCUGUUUCGCAUUGCAAUAAAUUAGGAAGAUACCUGCAAUACCGUCGGACCCGACGUUCAGCUAUUAUUAUGUACCUAUCCUCCCAACAAAAAAAAAAAAAAAAAUCAGUUUUCAUAAUCUCCUAGAUUAUUAUGUUCCAGUGAAUAUUGAAUAUUACCGAAAUGUAAAUCGUGUUAUAAUCGGAACAAUUUACCCGAUUAGAUUUAUAAAAGUUGUUUUCAAAAUAUAUGAACCUAUUUGCGUGCUAAUAUUACAAGGCCUGUAUAGGUACUAUUAGCACAUAUUGAUAUUGCACGUACCGUUGACAUUUUAAACGUUUCAACAUAUAGCAAUUAUGACAGAUCGAUUCGCAAAACUGCCACGAGUUUCCACAAUUAUGUCAUGUGUGUAGCAAAGUAAACUAAUCCCAUAUUUAUUUGUACAUUUGCAACACACAAAGUGGAAUAUGUCACAUACAUUUUGAUGUAUAAAAUAAUGGUAUAACAAUAUACGAUGUAUAGGAGAGGUGUCCAAUUCGUGGCAAUUGCUUAUAUACAUAUAAUAUAUUAUAAAAAAAAAUGAAUUAUUAAAAAUAAAAAUAAAAUUUUAAAACCAUGCUUUUGUAUAAAAAUCGUAAUAAAAAAAAAUAAAACCUUUCGAAAAAAAAAACCGCUUUAAUAAUGUCCUAUACGAUGAUAGACUAAAAGAAAAGCAUGGUGCGUGCACUCAUAAACAAUUAUUACUUCAUAGCGGUAAGUCGGCUAUAUUUGUAAUAUUUUUAACGAAUUGGUCUAAAUUAUUGAUAUAAAUUUACCUUAAAACAUACAUAAACUCGUAGACUACAAUUUGGCAUACCUACCCAAUUAAAAACAAUUUGAAUACAUUAUUUAUUUUUAAAAAAAUGUACGAAGCGAUCUUGCAUAGAUGACCAGUUUGUUUAAUUUGGGUCAAAUGAAUUUUCAAUUGGGUUACAGUAUUACAUUCUUAUAAAUAGUGCAAUUUAUUUUAAUUCAUCUUGAAAUUUGUUAUCACUUAAUGUAAAAUAUAUUAGCGUUUAAACUCACUUGUGUGUAAAAACUAUAUUUACACUUCUAUUGGUAGAGUACUCAAGGGAGACAGCGUAAAUGACAGAACAUUGAAAUAAAAUAUUACAUCGAAAUUAAGUUUUGACAGGAUUGUUUACGAGUGUACGUGCCAUGCUUUUUUCUUUUAGUCCACCAUAAUGUAGAAUAUUGUUAACAUUUGUAUUUUCGAAAGAUUAUUUUUCACUUUUUAGUACUAAUUUUUUAUGCUUUUUGGAUUCUGAGUGUUGCAAAGAAUGAAUUAAUAGUUUUACAAAGAUGUUUAUUUUUUUUUUUAUAUUAUGUACACAAAUUCUACCAGAUAUCAACUUUUCUAAAAUGGAAUUUUCCUGGUGUAGUACUAUAAGGAGGUAAUUUUUUGAUUUUCUCAAUAAAUGAGAAAAACCGAGAAAAAACGUAGGAAAAACGGAAAAUGUACGAAAUUUAUUAUUUAAAAAUCUUAAAUAUUAUAGCCUUUUAGAUUCUGAGCGGAGCGAGGAAUGUAUUGGUUUUACUAUGAUAUUCCUUUUUUGUUUCUUGUUUUUUUUUUUUUCUACUGUGUAUACAAAUUCUAUCAGAAAUCUUCCUCCGAUAUAGCGAUAUGUACGUGUGGCACUUUUUCUGAAAGGAAAUAUUGUCUAGAUCAGGGGUUCCCAACCUUUUUGUUAUGGUGACCCACACAUUAACUCUACUCUGAGUAUGUGACCUUUCAAUAAAAAAAUAAUAAAAUAAAAUUAAGUUUGCUCUAAUAGCUCAAUACAUAAUAAGUAAUAAUAUUAAUAAUAAAAGUCGAUACAUUAUGAACGUCAUUUAAUUCAGCAGACAUUUUUUUUGACACAAGUACCUCUCUGUGAGGCAUACAUUGCGUCCAUUUAUCAUCUGGAGCUACUUCUUUAAUACGUAGUUACACUUACACAGUUUGUCCAUUGAAUAUUAUUUUAAAAAAAAAAUAAUAAUAAAUAAAUAUAUAUAUAUAUCUACACCAGUUGUUGUGCUCAAACUAUCAUAGUACAAGAAAUCGUCAUGAAUACUUCCGUCUUAUAACUACAAACAAUAUAACUUUAUUUUGAACGUCUAUACUUUCGUAUAACUGAAUAAAAAAAAAUAAUGAUGAGUUUCGAGUUUAAUCUGUUUAGUAUUAAUUGUUGUUUUAUGUUUUCGUUAAUCUCGACAACGGACAAAGCGUCUCUGAACAUUAUUAUUUGAAGAUAGUAUUAUUUUUAGUUUAUUAUGUUACCUCCUUGAAUUAAAUUCCAAAUAAAAUAAACAAUUAUAAGCGUUAGAUUUUAGAUUCUGAGUGAAGCGAAGAAGCAUAUGGUUUUACAAAGAUGUUUGAUGUAGGGAGGCCAUUUUUCGAUUUUCUCAAAAGUUUUCUCAUCAAAUGUAAAAAACCGAAAAAAAAUGGGGAAAAAAUAGGAAAAUAUACGAAACAUGAUUAGUAUAAUAUAACGAUUUUUUUUUCUGUUGAUAACUUUUCUACCAGAAAUUUUGCUCCAAUUUACAAUGAUGGUGUUUCUUUCUGAAAGGAAAUCUAACAUUGAUGGUACUUUAGGGAGGUCAUUUUUUGAUUUUCUCAUGAGUUUUCUCAACAUAAUCGAAAAACCGGGAAAAAAACGGGAGAACGGAAAAUAGAUAUAGUAAUAAACAAAUAUUAUAAAAAACAUUUUUAAUACAUAUAUAAUCAUUUUAUCAUAAUAUGACAUAUAUUUAUUGUUCACAAAGCAAGACUAUCAACUAAACUCCAUUCAGAAUCGUUCGUUUGUUAGUAAUGGUUUAUCAUUGCUUACUGGUGUACAUUAAUUUCCCAUCUGUAUCCUACCUUCCCAACUUCCCACCUACAACAGUGGCUGCACCCACGUGCGAAGUAUGCCUGUCUUUUUACAUGAUGUACAGCAGGAUCCAAGGGGUUGUAUGCACUGAUACCAUGAAAUAUACAGAGCGUGCCCACGAUCAAAUAAACAAUAGAAUAUUAUAAACUAUCGUUAAAUACACGAUAUUUUUUAUAAAAUACUAUAUUUUUAUUUUAAAAAAGUACAAUUUAGAAGAAGCCAUUAGCCAGCUAUGUAUUUAUACACACUGAAAUAUUACGUUUAGUAAAUAUAUCAUAAGUGCCUAAAUAUUAUUGUAUUUAGCUCAGUGGUGUAGGUAUUGGUAAACAAAUUCUAUACGAUAUAGGUCCAUAAUUAUUGAUAUAUUAUAUUUUAAAAUAUUUAGUUGUUAGAAUUAUUUUUUUUCUUUUUCUAAUCGAAUAUUAACUCACUGGGAGCAAGUCUCAUCGGUCCGAGGAAAAAGUAAUGCAGUAGGCAACAUUAAUUUAAAUUGUGGAACAAAUUUAAGUACUUAAUUGCGUUCUAUGUACAAAGUGAAUAAUAUAGUUACUUAUUAGGGUUGGAUAAUAGGCAAAUGGGACAUCGUGAAAUUUUCAGAUAGACCACGAUAAAAUAUAAAUUAGGUGUAUCUGGUAACGUCAGGUGAGUUAAAGUGAAUAACCGGAAUAAAUCACUGGACGAUUAUAAUACAACUCAAAAUAUGAUUUAUUUGUUCUGCUAAGUUGCAGUAAAAUAUAGUGUUUGAAAAGCUGUCAAUGAGCUAUCAGGGGCUAUACGCUAUCGAGAAGCUUUAAAUACAAGCCAUCAGGAUUUGCAUUAGAUUAAUUUAUGACCCUGUUAAUAUAAUACUAAAGGCUGCAGUAGGACGUAGGCUAUUAUGGUUGGUCACAAUGAAUUGUCGACAACAGGAGGGUGCUCACGGGGGAGAGGGUGAGGGUGUUAUAUCCCCCCAUGAACUUUUUUUUAUACAUUUGUUUGACGUUCCUUUGUAGUUUCGAUUUUCAAAGAAAAAAAAGAAGUGCAUAUUUGGUUUUAAUUUUUACUCGUUAAUUAUUAUCAUACACAUUAAAAUGUGUUUAGUAGAUAUUAUAGUUAUAGUAAUUAGCUAUAGAUAAAGCAUGAAUAUUAUUAAAAAAAGGUACUAAUGGACUAUUAUAAUAUUUCAGUCUAUUAUAUAAACACGACCAUCGGCAUAUUAAUAUAUUAUGCAGUUUUUAGUUAUGCUAUAAUAAAACUUAUAUUAAUACACAUACCUAAUUACUUAAAUAUUUUUAAUAAUUUCAUAUUUUUAAAACUUAAAGUAUGAAUGUUGCAUGUAAACGAUAUAUAAGCUUAUUUGUGGACUAUAGAUUAUCAGAUGCUGAAUCAAAUUUACUGUAAGUUUAGAAGUGUAGACUUUAUUUCAGAUAAAAAAAAUCAGUUCUUACUACCUAGUGUACAUAACUUUUGUCUUUUACUGUUUAGGCACUAAAAAAUGUAUGGAUACCAUUACCAACAUUUAAUUACCUUUAAAUAAAAAAAAAUGAAAAAAGAGGUUUAAAAUAUUAGUAUAAAAAAAGCUGUCCUAAGAUAAUGGGAUUGGGUGCAGUCAUUGUUAUAGUUACCUAAUUUAAUGUAUACCUGUAAGCAAUGAUAAACCAUUUCUAACGAAAAAACAAUUCUGAGCGGAGUUCAGUUGAUAGUAUUGCUUUGUCAACAAUAUAUAUGUCAUAGUAUAGUAAUAUAAUUAAAUAGACAUUAUAUUUUUUUUUCUUUAAUAAUAUUUGUUUAAUUUACAAAUUUUACCGUUUUUCCCGGUUUUCCCAUGUUUUUCCUGGUUUUUCACAUUUUCUGAGAAAACUCUUGAGAAAAUCUAAAAAUAGCCUCCUUAAAGUACCUUUCCAGUCAGAUUUCUUUUCAAGAAAAAAGUAUUAGUGAAAGAAAAUAAUAAGCUUAAAUCGGGCCGCUGUAUAACUUUUGAAAGCGCUAGAAUAAACAUUUCCCAGGCUGUUUAUAAGGUACUCCAAUCAACUCUUAAGUACUUAUAUCGACGCGUUAUGGUUUUGAAGAAGGCAUCAUUGUUAUAUAUUUUUUUAUUAUAGUUAUUUUGUUCUAUUUUUUUAACGUAUAAGAUAUGAUAAGAAAUAAUUCAGAUUUUUUACUCGUAAAAUUGUAUAAACAGGAAAAGAGCUAUAUUAAAUUAUCGUUUGUGAAAUAAUUCAGAUAGAUAUAGGUAUUGAUUAUUCUAAUUACUUAUUAGUUAUUGGUUAUUAUACUUAUACUAUAAAAUCAGAUUCGGUAUUAUUAUUAAUUAUUAUUAUUUUUCUUUUCUUCUCUUUUUCGAUAAACCAUCUCACUAUUUACGUUUAGCCAUAAUUAAUAAUUCUUGAUUUCACUUUGUUUAAGAACUUAGUCAAAUUCAAACAUUUAAAAUAUCUGUGCGCAAGAUUUAUUAAUGAGAGGGUGGGACGGAGAGUUUUAAAAAAAAAUAUUUACUCUCUCGUCAUUUUUUAGACGUGGAUUUUUAAAAAUUUUCGAAUGUCCAUUUCAAUGUUAUCACCAACGGUGUGUUUGAAUAAUUAACGUCUCACUCUGAGCUCACUAUUAAUUUUUUUUUAUAUAAACUAUUUUUCACAUAUCCGUUACCCUAUAUCACUCGUGUUCUUGUGUGUGCUCUAUACUUACAUUAUAUUGUCAUUUGUUGCUAAUGAACGUGACGCUAUAACGUGCUAUAAUAGUGGUGUAUCAUUAUGGUACCUAUAUGCAUUAUUAUACAGCAAGGUACUAAUAAGAUUAUAAAAUAUAUAAUAUAAUUGACCAAAGUUUUUCCAAAUAAAUGAAAACAUAAUUUAUAUUUUUUCGGAAAUGUAGGGGGUUGAGCCCCUCCUUUGCACAUGGGCCUGCUACUGCACUAUUUUGGUUUUGUGACACGUAACAUUUUUGUUUUUUGUUAAUUAUGUACUAAUUUACUAUUUACAGCCAAGUUUAUAAUAUACAUCAGUUAUAAUUCCUUUACACGCACUGCACUGUAGAUAAAUCAUAAAAUAUAAAUGUAUAGGCAAUAGGCAUAUUAAUAUAUUAUAAUACAAAUUAAAUAUUCAUAAUAUUUUAAACAUUAAAGUAUAUUGUACAAUUUUAAUAAAUAUCUGGCAUUCUAUAUAGUUAUCCUCAUAACAAUCAAGAAUAUAUAUUUAUAUAUAUAUUUAAUCUAUAACCCAAGUAAUAUGUAAUAUAUUAUGUAGCCUUGUAUCUAGGUUAUCACAAAUAAAAUUGCAUUAAAAACUUUUGUUUAUUAAUGUGCUUAUCAUUAUAACUCGUAUAUUAAUAUAAAUGUUUUGUAUGAAUGAAAUGUUUCAGUGACCAGAGUGAUAUUGCAGAAAGCGACAAUGUCGUCUUUGAAACCAGUUUGUCUCUAACUGACAUACUGCCCAUAAACCCGAAAAACUAUGAUAAAAACCGUGCACCCAAAGUACAAGGGCAACCGACUAUCGUUUACUUUCAUAUAACAGUGCUAUCGUUGGAUUCAAUUAAUGAAGAAUCUAUGGUAAAUUAACAUUUCUAUAAUUCAAUUAUGUUCGAUCAAAGUGAUAAUAUUUCAUUGUUGGAUCUUGUUCAAAAUUUAACAUUGCCAACUAAAUUUCCAUCUGAUUCUAAUGUUUAAUUUUAUUGAUAUUUCCAGUCAGUUCUUAUUUGCUGUGAUUUAAAUGAGUGCUAGGGAUAAGGUGCUUAUUAUAUUUAAUAUUAUAAGGAACAUUUUGCAAUCAUGUGAUCAUGUUCUAUUAUCUAAUGCAAUUUAAAUAUUUUUGUAUGCAACAACUUUUCAACAAAUCCUUCGUUUAGUUGAAUUUUGAAAGACAAAAUUGAAAUUAAUAGUUAUAUUAUCAUUUGAUUUGUAUAAAAUAAAUAAUAAGGAAUCAAGCCUGUAAAGUAUUUUUACCAACGUUCAACUAUACCUUGAAAAUAAAUUUGUAUUGAUUUAUUAAGAAACAAUUCCAAUAUAUAGACCGAUAAAUAUAAGUAUAAUAAUAGUAAUAAGCAAUGCUCGAAAUAGAAAAAUAAAACAACAAGAGGGACUAUGAGACAUAUACAAAAUAAGCGUCCCUAUUCUAAUUAUUGAAUUUAACCUAAUCCCCGGAGGUCUUCACCCUCAUACCUAUCUUACAUAGCUUUUCGAACAUAAUACAAUAGUUAAUAAUUUAAAUUAACAAAAAAAAAACCAUAUUACUUAUAUUUGUAUUUAUUUUUAAAUUAUAAUAUUUACAAAGAUGUGUUCAUUUUCUUUUUGAAAAACACCUUUAAUGCUUUGAUUUUUUCUUAUCAUACCUUAUGCUACGCCCUAACUAGCAAGUGCACGUACUACGUUUCGGAAAUAAUAAAUAUAAACCCGUGCAAAUCGCAGUCACGAAAAAAAUGUUCACAAAACGCCUGCGAUUUUUCCCUCUAUUUUUAUCAUAUUAUCCCUUAGAGAUUAAAUGUUUUAAUAUAAUUAAUGUCAAGACGCUAAAUGUUACUUAUUAUUAUAAUAAUAUAUAAUCCAGUUUUUUGGCUUAUGGAUACGUGCGUGUUCAUAGUGCGGGGGCAGCUCGUUAUGGCAGCCAGCUUCGCUCACAUACCCUGUGUGACACUGCGCGGCACUCUUUGACAGUUCCUUACGAGGGUGCUACUAACUUACAUACCCUAGCAUUUCGAACCUGAUAGUGCUUCAAGAAGCUUCAAGAAGAAUAGUGUCCUUAGUAUAAACUUAAUCCUCACAAGGCAAGAUCAGGAAUUCGGCCACUUCGUUUCGUAAGCUGAUGUUGAAUUUAUAAUCGAAAAUAAACCCUGAUUUUUAUGCAAAAACCACGUUUCGGGUAGAUAACAAACGAAAAAAGAUAAGCAUACUUCAUACAAUGGGUGGGCUACUGUUGUAAUCAAGAAGUUGAAAAAGUGAGAUAUAGAGAGGAAUUCACUUUAUAUUUGUAUACAUCAAUAAAUCCAUUGCUACCGAAAAAUAAUUAAGAGCAAAAUUUAGUUAUACUUGUUUUAAAAGACCGAGAUAUUUAUGAUUGUCGUCAAAAUUUGAUAUUACAAUUCUUAUAAAAAAAAUACUACAUAUUAAAAACAAUAUUUUUUUUUUUAUUUUUUGAUCACAAAAUACGACUUAUAAUAAUAAUUUGUUGAAAAUUUGACAACGUUUAGAAAAGGCAAAUAUAAGUUUUCUGUCUAAGUUUUAUGUUUCUUGAUAUUUUUAACUGAGUUACAACAAAAAACAAAAUUGAAAAUAAUAAAAGCGUUAUUUUCGUAAAUUUUUCCGUUCCAUUUAUAUUUUUUUUCAGUUUUUCAGCUCAAUUAUUAAAAAAAAAAAAAAUACGGGAAAUCAAGAAAUGAUCUUACUCACCCAACUAGAUUAAAAAUGCAACAAAAAUGUUCUUAUAUUGUUUUUUUUAUUGGAGCUGCUAAAAAACAUAAAGCGCAAAAAUUUAAAAUAAAGGAAUCGUGACACUGUAAAUUUAUGAGUUUUCAUUUUCGUGAGCACCUAGAUCCAGAAUGCAAUAAAAAAAAGUCUCUUGUCAUUUUUUGAUUGAAGCAAUAUUUCUAGGAGAAACUAGGGACCUGUACUGUUGUAGGUGAGAAGUUGAAAAGCUAGAGGGGAAAUAUAAAUGUAUAUCUGUUCGCAAAGAUUAAUCUUUGUUAACAAAAAACAAUUCUGAGUGAAGUUUAGUUUCACAUAUUUUGAAAGGCCAUAAUAGGUGUAUACGAUUUGAAAAUAAUACUUUUUCCUGUUAUUCCUAAGUUUUUCCCGGUUUUUCUCAUUUAUUUUUAAAACCCCUCGGGAAAUCAAAAAAUUAACUAAAGUACCAAGAGAUUAAUCUCCUUUCAAGAAAAGUGCUAUACUUGAUACAUCGGAGCAAGUUUUAAGUUUUCCAGUGGAAAAUUUGUUCAUAGAAUGAAAAAAAAACUGUUCUAGGAUAAUGAGGACGGUUGUAGCCACUGUUGUAGGUGGGCAGUUAGGAAGAUCUUCAGUAUCUUAUCUUUAAUAUAUAUCUGUAAGCAACGAUAAACCAUUGCUAACGAAAAAAUGAUUCAGAGCAUAGUUCAUAGUAAUGCUUUGUUAACAAUAUGUUUGUAUGUCAUAUUAUGGUAAAAUAUUCAAAUAGAUAUUAUUAUAUAUUUUCUUUAAUAAUAUUUGUUUAAUAUUGAUCCGAUUUUUCCAUUUUUCGUAAGUUUUUCCCAGUUUUUCGUAUUUGCUGAUAAAAUUUAAAAAUGACCUCCUUAAAAAAGUACUUUUCCAGUCAGAUUUCCUUUCAGGAAAAGUGCUAUCAUUAUAAAUCUGAGCAAAAUUUCUAAUAGAAAAGUUGUCCACUGAAAAAAAAAAUUAUAAUAUUUUACUAAUAUUUUUCGUAAAUUUCCCCGUUUUACUCCAUUUUUUCUUUUCGGUUAUUCACAUUUGAUGAAAAAACUCCUGAGAAAAUCGAAAAAUGACCUCCUUAAAGUACCACCCCAAGACAAUUUGCUUUUAGAAAAAGGUCUAUACCGUAUAUAUCGGAGUAAAUUUUCUGGUAGAAAAAAUGUUCUCUAAACAGUGGCACAUCUAUUAGUGUUAUUAGCUCUUUUUUGUUGGAAGGUUGUAUUCUUUACAAAGUUUCGGCCUGGGGCCUUGAGAUAUCAUAUAACCUGAACUUGAUCUCAUCUGUUGUAAUUAUUAUAAUAAAAUUGUUUACUCACUCAAGUUCGAACACUGAACAUUGCCUAUGUAUUUUAUGGUUUUAGACGUAUGUAGCAGACAUAUUUUUGGCACAAAGCUGGCGGGACCAGAGACUCCGACUCCCAGAAGAUAUGAGCGAGGACCAUCGAAUACUCGACGUUGAAUGGUUACAUGAAAUAUGGCGACCCGAUUGUUUUUUCAAAAAUGCAAAAAAAGUCACUUUUCACGAAAUGAGCAUACCAAAUCAUUACUUAUGGUUGUACCAUGAUAAAACGUUACUAUACAUGUCAAAGUAUGAAAAGACAGAAAGAGGGGAAUUGUAUCUAAAACACCAAACGAAAGAAGAGCAACUUACACUAAUUUUUUCGAUAUUUCAAACGAUACUCAUAUAGUAAAACACAUUACAUUGAACAAGUCUACAAAUUAUAACAAUUUCUAAAUGUCUAUUAGAGCGUUUUAAAAAAUUGAAUGAAUAAUAAUAAUUAUUUAACAUUUUUUCUAAUUAAAAAUUGUUCAUAUCUGCUCUUUUUUCAUCUAGCAAUAAUACUGUUACUUUUAACACUGUAUACCAAUACAAUAUAGGUAUACUAUAGGUACCUAUCUACUAUUUAAUACUAUGAUUUUUGUUCUCAUUUAUAGAUUGACACUUGUAUUGUCAUGUGCGAUGAAAUUCGAAUCGUAUCCACAUGACACACAAAUAUGUUCAAUGAUGAUCGAAAGCUGUAAGUAUAUUUAUAUACGAGGAUAAAUGUAUUAGUAUUUAAUUUAUAGUUAUUCAAAUUGUUUUUAUAUGUAAUUUAAUAGUUAUUAUUUAAAAUAAAAAUAUUUGUUGAACUCAUAUUUUAUUAUAAAACACCAAGAUUCAUAACAACAUGUAUAUGGUACGUAUAUAUGCCUAAAAUGAAUAAUUAUACUGUUAGGAUCAAAAAAUCUAAAAAAGGUUGACGUUCCCAAAAAAUGAACUAAAAAUAUAUUGUAAUUUCUAUCUUCCUAUCAAUGAACUUUAAAUAUGAUUAUUCAAUAUAAACAAAUAAUAAUAAGAAGAUAAUUAAUCCUUAAUUAUUUAAGAAUAUUUAAACUAAAAUUGUGAGAUAAUUUUCCAAUUUAAUGAUUUAAAUAGGUAUGAUAUAGAAUAAACGAAUACAAAUUAUUGUAAGUAUCUAUAAUAUUAUAUAAUUUAUAUAUUUGUUUAGUGUCCCACACAACUCACGAUUUAGUAUUUAUAUGGAAUAUGACAGAUCCAUUAGUGGUGAACCCGAAAAUUGAAUUGCCUCAACUUGAUAUAUCAAAUAAUUAUACAGCAGAUUGUACAAAUGAAUAUUCGACAGGUUUGAACAUUAUCUUAUUUAAUUAAUAUACAUUAUAUACAUACAUAACACACAUCAAAUAUUUAACGAGCACGAUGGAACAUUGUUUAUUAAAUUUAUAAUUUUUAGGGAAUUUUACUUGUUUGGCUGUGGUGUUUAAUUUGCGGAGACGAUUAGGAUACCAUUUAUUCCAUACAUAUAUUCCAUCGGCUCUUAUUGUUGUUAUGUCAUGGAUUUCAUUUUGGAUAAAACCCGAGGCUAUACCGGCCAGAGUAACAUUGGGUGUGACUUCAUUAUUGACGCUUGGUAAUGCUUGAUAAAAAAUAUAGAUUAAAAAUUAAAUAAUUAAUUGGAACGACUAUUACCUACAGCGACCCAAAACACUCAAUCUCAACAAUCUCUUCCGCCCGUUUCUUACGUUAAAGCCAUUGACAUAUGGAUGUCCUCGUGUUCAAUUUUCGUGUUUCUGUCAUUAAUGGAAUUCGCUGUAGUAAACAAUUACAUGGGACCUGUGGCAACUAAAGUAAUGAAAGGGUACUCGGAAGAAGACAUCCAAGGAGGUGACGAAUUCAAAGAAUAUAGUGUAAGCUAUACCUAUUUUAAAAUACCUAUUGAAAUGUAAUUAAAAACAAAAAUAGAUAAUGUUAACGUAACUUUUCAAUGUUAUCUUAGGAAUUGGAUCCGAAGAACCGAAGUCCAAUCAGAAGUAUGACUACUGUAGCAGCAGUACCACAAUAUCCGACUUUUUGUAACGGUCGCGCAAUCGCAUUAUAUAUUGACAAAUUUUCGAGGUUCUUUUUCCCAUUUUCAUUUUUCAUUCUCAACGUAGCCUAUUGGACUUCGUUUUUAUAACGACUCUUUUGGUCUACGGUUUUUUUUUUUUUUUGUAUAUAAUACCUAUGCACGUUUGCAACAGUGAAUGCACAAUAAAUAGCUCAGGUACCUGCCAAGCCACUUUCUAAAGUCUAUAUUAAAAAACACAAUGCACUCUACUAAUAUGUUUAGAAAUGUAUAUUUUACUUCAUGCAAUAUUGUUUAGUAAAACAUAUCAUCUUUUAAGUUAUUGUAAUACAAAACUCGUGAGUGUACCGAUACAAGUUUGUAAUUAUAUGUUUGUGUAUGUGUAUUUACAUAAUUAUUAAAUGUUACAUUUUAUUUUAUGGUUGAUUUUGAUUUAGGUAAAUAUCCACAAAUUUUACAGAUGUACUUAUAAAAUUAAACCGUAUCUAAACUAUUAUCAAUUUAAAUGUCUUGUAAUUUUGUUAUAAUAUAAUGUAGUAUUAUAGCCUAAAAAUAAUCUAAUCUCUAACGUUUUAUAUUAUAAUUAUAGUAUAGGAUAUAACAAUGUUAUUUACUAUAUAAUAGUAAAAACCUGUUACCUACUAAUCUGCCUUCAACCAUACAAACAUUUUAAUAAAUAACAACAAUAUUUUGAUGAAUGAGUUUAAAAUAAUUUAGUGAUAUUAUUUUAAUAUUUAUACUAAUUACGAGAUUAGGCUAUUAAAUAACGAGACUGCGCGCGCAGAGAGCGUCCCAAAAAGGUUAGGGGAAAACCGAAUACAGCGCUGGUUAGCUGGAAGUGUCUAUUAUGCCAGUACAAAAUUGGGUUUUUGUUGGUGCAUUAGUAUUUUUUCUGUAGCGUUUAGAAACGAACAUGUUUUUUUCUCUUGCCGAAAACGAUGUGUGAGGAAAAACAUGAGCAACAGAUAAACGUAAAAUUUUCUCGUUAAACUAAAAAAAACUCCAACUGAGUGCUAUAAGUUGUUAAAAGAGGCCUAUAGUGAGGAUUUCCUAUCUCGGGCGCGUGUUUUUGAGUGGCAUAAAUUAUUUUCUGAAGGUCGAGAGUGCACCGGAAUCCAAUUCAGUCGUAAUCCAAAUUCAAAACCAUGCUGAUCGUUUUCUUCGAUAUCAACGGCAUCGUGAUGACUGAAUGGGUUCCAGAGGGUCAAACUGUAAACCAACAUUACUAUUUGACAGUUUUGGCAACAUUGUGUGAAUGAGUUCGUAAGAAACGAAGAAGUAUCUUGCACCAGGAUAACGCAUCUGCCCAUAACGCGCUGUCUGUGAAGCGUUAUUUGGCCGCUUAAGGCACUCCAGUACUCGAACACGCGUCUUACUCACCCGACUUUGCUUCCUACGACUUUUACUUGUUUCCGAAGAUAAAGUCUUCCUUAAAAGGAAUCCGGUUUGAAUCGAUGGAAGAGGUGAAACUAAAAUCGGCGGAACUCCUGAAUGGUCUUACAAAAACAGACUUCCAGCACUGCCUCGAGCAAUGAAAGAAACGAAUGAAACGGUGUGUGAAGAGGGGAGGAGAGUAUAUUGAAGGGGAACAUUUGGUUGUGGAAUAAUUUUUAAAAUAAAACCAUUUUUCAUAAGCAGUCUCGUUGUUUAAUAGCCAGACCUCGUAUUUUUAUCGUGUUACUUUCACAAAUUAAAUAAUAACGAGUACUGAUAAUAUUAAAUUUCGUGCUUAACG